UAAAGGAAACUAAUCAAAAUGGAGACCUGUAAUUUUCAGAUUAGCUCAAGUGACACAAGGGGGCAGCAAAGGGACUGUUAAAGUGCAUUUUUGAUCAGGAUGUGGAUUCUUGCCUCUCCAGCCAGAAGAAAAGCUACAAAUGCAUUGUGAUGUGUUUCUGAUCUCUUUAUUUGAACAAUAACAAGAAACAUAAAAAGUCCUCCUGUACUCAAUAUUAUGCAUUAACAAACUUAAGUAUGCAUGAUGGCACAAAUCAUGUUAUACCAGAUUCUCCCUGACCAAUCUACUGAUGUUUAAACUCUAAAACUAUGUUAAUACUGCAGAAACCUGCAUACUCAGUCAGCUGUUCUGUUAUUUGUAGAUUCGCCUAAUAAAUUGUAGGAUACUUUAUAUUUAUACACAAGAAGACAAACUAAAUUAGGAGACUGUCUCAUAAUACACGUCAUGUACACAUUGACAAGAACAUAUUCAGAUGAAGCAGGAAGUGUUCUGUCAAUCCAGCGCUGACUGAGCAGACUGCUGCUGCUGCCGGCUGUCUGCCUUCAUCUAUAACAGUGUUUCAUCAGAGUUAUGGCAGUCAUCUAACAAACAACUGAGGACCUAUUUCUCCUCCAGAACAAACACAUGGAAACAGUCACAUUCAGGCAGGAUGGGCUCCAGACUGAAACAAAACCCUGAACGAACGUUCAACUGGUUCUUUGAAGCAACAUGUCCUGUAGCCAGAGACAAAGAUCCUGGAGUGAAGUUUCAGUUUCCAGAAGACUUCAAGGAUGAGGAAUCUAGCCAAACUUUGCCCAGGUUCUGCUUUCCAUAUGACAUACAAAGACCAAAGGAUAGUGUCACCGUGCAGCACUUUACUUUUGUUUUGACUGACCUUGAGGGAUGCCAGCGCUUUGGUUUCUGUCGUCUCACCAACAGCACACAGACGUGCCUUUGCAUUCUCAGUUAUCUUCCAUGGUUUGAAGUGUUUUACAAACUUCUCAACAAUUUGGCUGAUUACCUCUCCAAAGGACAGAUCAAUGAGAUAAAAGCACUCCUGGCAGCACUCUACCAACAGUCCAUUCCGCUGGCUCUUGGAUCCGUCACCCUACAGAUGGGAGAGCAGAUUUUGAUGUACACAGAAGUGUCCCGUCCUGUUGGACACAAAGGGGGACAAGAGGGGAUUCCAUAUUUUAUUGCUCCAGACCCAAGAAGUCUUCCUUCUAUUCCUGAAAAUAGAAACCUGACUGAGCUGAUAGUAGCAGUAGAUGUCGGGAAUCUUCUUCAGCUCUAUGCCAGCAUGCUGUUUGAGAGACGGGUCCUCAUCUUUGCAAGCAAACUAAGCACUUUAACAUCUUGUGUACAUGCGCUUAGUGCUGUGUUGUACCCCAUGUACUGGCAGCACAUUUUCAUACCUGUCCUGCCUCCACAUCUACUCGACUACUGCUGUGCCCCCAUGCCUUAUCUGAUUGGAGUCCACUCCAGUCUUUCAGAGAGGGUGAGGAGUCGUGGGUUGGAGGAAGUCGUUAUUCUGAAUGUAGACACAAACACUCUGGAAACCCCCUUUGAUGACCUUAAGCGGAUACCUUCAAAUGUGAUGUCCGGCCUGAAGGUCUGUUUAAAGCGCCAGGCGGUGUCUCCUGGCUGUGGUGUAUCACGAGCUUUUCUGAAAGCUCAAGCUCUGCUGUUUGGAGGCUACAGGGAAGCCCUGCAGGGUGACAAGGAAGGUAAAAUUCAUUUCUCUGAGGAAUGUUUCUUGGAUCACAAGUCUGCCAGUAUGAAGCAGUUCCUGCAAAGCGCCAUUCAUUUGCAAUUCUUCAAACAGUUCAUUGAUGAUCGCCUGGAUGUUCUCAACAAAGGGAAGGGACCAGAUGACCUUUUUGAAGAAGAGAUAACAAAGUGUGAAACAGCAGCAGGAAGAGGCAAAUCAUAUCAGCAGCUGGUUGGGAAUUUAAAGAAAGGGGGCGGAGCUCUAAUCCUAAACAUGAAGACUAAAGCAAAUAUGAAGACCAAAGUUCUUAGCAAGUCCGGUUUGAAAAACCUGCUGAGUCACAAGGUCCACCCCGAAGAUCACAACCUUCACAGGGGAGGGUCAAUGUCACACCGCCGUGCCCAGUCUGACAGCUUACAGAGCCGCCUGCCAAUCACACAGCACUUUGGAAGAUCACGACCUCGUCGACCUGUUCAGAAACACAAAGACAACGAAAUCACAAAAGACCCUGAAGAUCUCUGGGACAGUGAGGUGUUGGAACCUACUGGACAACCUGACCCUGGGCUCUUGAAGGAAGAAGAAGAAGGUGAUAAUUCACCAUUGUGUGACCCAGAAGAGAUGGAUCUUCUUGGGGAGAUCUUUGACACACUUAGUUCGCGUAGCUCCCAUGAGCGAGGCCUGCUGUAUGGCACUCGCAGCUUGGAUUUGUUUGGACCAGAUAGCCAUGACUAUAUCAUAAAGCAUGUUCCAGCCAACCCCAGCCAGGAGAGCCUGUUGCUGUCCAUCAGCGGCAGUGGCAGCUUGCACAGCUGGAAUCUGGAGACCACAGAAGAGCUUUCAGAUCGGACGGAGGACUCAGACUGGCAUUGCCUGGACACCAGUUUGCUAGAAGAGGAGGGGGCAGAAUGUCUUCUGGUGGCAUCUGAUGUCGCAGAGCAUGAAGUGAGAGAGAAGGAGAACAGAGAAAUAGAGAAAGAAAAAAUUGGAGAAGUAAAUGGGAAGCAGGAAAUAAACUACACAAAUAAGUGCAUGGAAGUGAAGGUAGAAGAAGAGAGAAGUAUAGAAGAUCCAGAAAAUAUGGCAUGUUUUGAGAAGAGCAGUGUAAAAGAAAUGACUGAAGGAACAGAAGAUGAAAGGAUAAAAAAUACAAGGAAAGAUGAUGAAAUCCAGAGUGGGGAGGCUUUGGUACAAGAGGAGGGUAAGAAAAGAUGCGACACGCAAGAAAAUGAGACAGAGGAAGAAAUUAUAGAAACCCAAAAUGAGAAAAAUAAUGAUUCUAAAGAAACAUUAAAGUGUAUAAACAGGGAUGACCCAAUUUUUAACUCGGUGAAGGAGCAGCAAGGUGAAGCUACAGUCACACCAGGGCCUGUUACUGCUGACCCUAAACCACCUUUAUCUCAGGAGAAAAAGAGUGAAAACACUCCAAUAAAAGAGCAGGGGGUGUGCCUGACCUCACCUCCUCCCAAAGUGCUUUCUGCUUUAGCACGGUUCCAGGGUCAGCCAUACAGCCAACAAGGCUUUCAGCUGAGGUCCAUUUCCAAGAACUCUGCCGAGGCUGCAUUUCGAUCAAGGGAAAAGUUACAGACUCCGUGUGACUCAGACACAAACCAAAGCUCAGAGGCGCCCGAGGAGGAAGACCACCCUCCAGUCAAAGUGUCCGAACUGAAGAAAAGAUUUGAAGCUUAAUAUAUGCAACAUCUUAGUUUUCAUCCAUCCAUGAUCCUGUUUAUCUGAGGUCGGGUGAUGGAGGUAACAGGUUUAGGGGGAAACCCAAACAAACCUCUCCCCAACAACACUCUUCAGCUCUGUGGGAUUCCAAGGUUCUUCUAGGACAGAAGAGAUAUAUAGUCCUGCCAUGGGGUUGUCUACCAGUUGGACGUGCCCCUAAAGGAACUCCAAAGGAGGUGCCCAGGAGGCAUUCAGACCAGAUGCUAAAAUGUUUUAGUUUUUCCUUGUUUUAACAAUCCCCCAGUAACUCUUUUCUCAGCCAAGACAAGUCAAUUUGCUAUAUGAAAAAGACUCUGAAAAUAUUUUGGUUUUAAAAGGGUUCAGGAUCAAACUAAAGCACCACUAAACAUACAAAAAACUAA